AUGAAUAGCUUUCAAGGAACAUUACCUGAUGCAAUUUGUAAUCUAGAACAACUUAUAGUUCUUAACUUGUCCUACAACAGUCUAGCUGGUAAGGUUCCACGUUGUCUUGGAAAUUUUAGCAACAACUUGAUAGAACUGAAUAUAAGGAUGAAUAGCUUUCAAGGAACAAUACCUGAAGCAAUUUGCCAUCUAGAACAACUUAUAGUUCUUGACUUGUCCUACAACAGUCUAGUUGGUAAGGUUCCACAUUGUCUUGGAAAUUUUAGCAACAACUUAUUAGAACUUAAUAUAAGGAUGAAUAGCUUUCAAGGAACAAUACCUGAAGCAUUGGGAACCAACUUGACCAGCUUCAAAUUGAAUGGAAAUCAGUUUGGAGGAUUAUUGCCAAGGUCUUUGCUCAACUGUUCUAAGUUGGAAGUCUUAGAUGUUGACAAUAACAAGUUACAUGACAUAUUUCCUAAUUGGUUGGAAACUCUUCCAGAAUUGCAGGUUCUUGUUUUGGGGUCAAAUAGUUUCCAUGGUCUUGUUAGAUCAGGUUCCAAGGCUAACAACCUCUUCCCCAAGUUGAAAAUUUUUGACAUCUCGAGGAACAAUUUCAGUGGUCCUCUCCCAACUGGGUAUUUGAAAAUUUUCAAAGCCAUGAUGGAUGUCAAUGAAUCAAAAAGUGACAAACUAUAUAUUGGAGGCUCCAUUUAUGAUGACACUUUGGAGUUGACAAUCAAAGGACAAGAAAUGGAACUGGUGAAAGUGUUAUCCAUGUUGUUCCUCAUUGAUUUAUCCGAAAACAAGUUUGAAGGGGAGAUACCGAAGGUAAUUGGAGAGCUUAAAUCGCUCAAGAGCUUGAAUUUAUCUCACAACAACUUGACAGGUCGAAUCCUAGCAUCUAUUGGUCUAUUGACUAAUCUUGAAGGGUUGGAUCUUUCUUCAAACAAUUUUACUGACAAAUUCCUGAAGAAAUGGCAAAUUUAA